CAUACAUUGUACGACCAUCAAAGCUAUAAUGGUUAGACAUGAGGUAACCAUAGUACUCUCUGGUCCAGCCUGCAUGACACUGGGUCUUGGCAGGAACCAUCAGUACACUGCCUCUGGUGGCUACAUAGCACACUGCACAGGGGACAUUGUGGCUGUUGAACUGAGACAGAGAUGGCAUUGUAGCGAAAUAAUACUCGACCGGAGCCACGAAAUUCUUGUUAGUCACUCCACUGAUGUACUGGAGGUAGUCAGGGUCAUCUGGCAUGCAGAGAUAGUUGGCUGCCCCUCCUUUAUGAUCAUCUCUUGUCCCCCCAGCUCUUCCAGAGUAUACCAGCUGUGUUCCCUGGCCGGUCGGACAGGUUGUUCUUCCCCAGCGAGUGUAGACAGCUCCACCAACUGGCAGACCUUGAGCUCCCUGUUCCCCCUGACGACC